GUAACUCAAGGGCAUACAAUGGUUAAAAUUGGUCCAACUCACUGAAAAACAUGAUUAGAUUGUUCGAGGGCAAAUCCCAUAUUGAAGCAUAUGCUAAGCAUAGACCAACAUGGCCAAAAGAAGUUGCAGAGACUGCUAUUAAUUACCUUAAAUCCAAAAGAUCUAGUUCGAUGCGUACAAAUCUUUGCACCCAUUUGGUGGAUGUAGGUUGUGGGAGUGGACAGUCAACUCCACUUUAUGCGAAACAUUGCAAGAAAAUUACUGGUCUAGAUCCAAGUGAAGAGCAAAUACGCGUAGCUUCGAAAGCCAACAAAUUUGAAAAUAUUGAAUAUAAAGUGGGAAAUGGGGAGGACAUUCCUCUUUGUGACAACUCUGUUGAAUUGAUUUGCUGUGCUCAAUCAGUUCACUGGCUUGAUUGGGACGCCUACUUUAAAGAAUGCAAAAGGGUCUUAGUAUCACAUGGAUGCAUGGCAACCUAUGGUUACAGCACUGCUAGAAUAUCAACCUCUCGUAAAAGCGACGAGUGCAAUGAAGCGUUUCAGACAUUUUAUAAAAAGUGUCUUUUCCAUCCCAGACGAAAGCAUAUUGACAACUAUUUGAGUGAAUUUUAUGAUGCGCUGCCAUGUAAGGAAAAAGUUCGUGAAGAUUCGAUGAAAAUCAUUAGAGAUUGGUCUCUGCAGGAGCUUCAAGGUUACAUUUCAACAUGGUCUGGUUAUCGUAAACUAGCAGAAACAGAGCAGCAAACCGAUGCUUUCACUGAGCUUAUCAGCUUCCUAAAAAGAAUAAUUGGAGAGGAUGGAAAGAUCACUGUAUCGUGGGAUAUAUUCAUGAUUUUAUCCUCCAGACCUGUCCUGUAAAAAUCUUGCAUAUAAUUUCCCACUCUGUCAAUUUUAUUUACGGUAAUUGAUACUUUAAUAAUAUGAUGAAAAUAUAAAUAAAAUAAAUUUGUACAAAUCAAA